UGUGCAAACAACUGAGGAUCAGUCACCAUCCAGGACAUUAGCAGAGCACAAUGCACCUCUUGCUUGAGAUCCCCUUGUUUUUGCUGAUUAUUUUAUAUUCCUGUUUGGAGGCCUUUGUCAAGUUUUUCAUUCCUGUGAAGAGAAAGGCUGUCAAUGGAGAGAUCGUCCUGAUCACGGGAGCUGGCCACGGACUCGGGAGAGCCACGGCUUACGAAUUUGCAAAGCGUCGCUGCAAAUUAGUUCUCUGGGAUAUCAACAAGCAUGGCAUUGAGGAAACAGCUGCAGAAUGCAGAAGAUUGGGAGCCACAGCUCAUGCCUUCGUGGUGGACUGCAGCAAGAAGGAGGAAAUCUACUCUACUGCAGAUAAGGUGACAAAAGAAAUUGGGGAGGUAUCUAUCUUGAUGAACAAUGCUGGGGUGAUAACUCCAACUGAUCUGCUAUCGACCGAGGACCAUGAGAUUCAGAAAACAUUUGAAGUCAACAUUCUGGCUCACUACUGGACUUCAAAAGCAUUCCUGCCAACCAUGAUGAGGAACAACCAGGGCCACAUUGUCACAGUAGCAUCUGCUGGUGGUCAUAUAGUGGCCCCGUUUGUCGUGACUUACUGCUCAAGCAAAUUUGCUGCUGUUGGCUUUCACAGAGCUCUGACGCAGGAACUGAUCGCAUUGAAAAAGAACGGGGUCAAAACUUCAUGUGUCUGCCCUAUGUUUAUAAACAGUGACUUUGUCAAAAAUCCAUCUGCAAGACUCAUGCCACCUUUGGAACCAGAAGAAGUAGCAAAGCAAGUAAUGGAGGGGAUACUAACCAACCAGAGAAUGAUUUUUGUUCCACCACUUCUGAAAAUCAAUGUAAUGCUGGAUAGGUGUCUUCCAGACCGUGCAGUUGCUGCUUUGUGGAGGCUGAAUGAACUUAAAUUUGAUGCUGUUGUUGGGUACAAGAACAAAGAAAAAUAAGGGAACAGAUUACUCCAUAUGAUUGCAUUCCUUAUCUUGUCAGUGAUUUUAUUCUGGACACACCAUAGAAUCAUAUAUGCAAUGUUAUUCCAACCUAAACCCAUUGUUUUCUAUCAGCUUAGAAUGGAAUAACUCUACAGAACCAACUGUGGUUCAGAGAGCAGCUUUGGUAAAGGGAUAGGGACUGUAGACUAUAUUACUGUGUAUUGCUCACUUCUGUAAGUAUGCCCCUACCGGGUAGUUUCUGUGUUGUUUAAUGUGUCAUAUCAUAUUGCUUAUGUUUUUGUUUUGGCAUUGUUUCAGCCCUAUAUCCAGAUUUUUUCUUGUUUUCAAAUCUCUCCAAUCCAUACCCUGUUGUAUUGUUUAUUGACCGUCCUAGCUGUUGCUCAUAUUAACCUACACUGUAAUCCACCUUGAAUCUCAGUGAGAAAAGGUGAAUUAUAAAUAAUGUAAAUAAAAUAGACAAGUUCUCUGAAA